AUGCUUGUUAAUUUGUCUAAUUUAAAACAUUUAGAUAUUUCAAUGUAUCAGAGAAUAAUAUCAACAGGAGAAUUAUUAGAAAUACUAAAAGAAUCAUCACAAUUAUCAUCAAUGAAAAUCAAUCCAAGUGAUUUAGCAUUAUUAUUUAAUGAUAAUCAAUUAUGCUUGUAUUUAAAUAAAAUGAUUAAAAAAUUAAAUAUAUAUAAAUAUGCUCAUUCUUCAUUCAAUAAUCUUGAUGAAUUAAAGAAAUUUUGUAGAAUAUUUUCAAAUAUUGAACAACUUAGAUGUAAUAUUAAUGAAUCGAAAUUUAUAUUAUUUUUGUUAUAUCAAUUAUCAAAAUUGUCAACUAUACAUGAUUAUUUGUCAUCAUUAAAUGAUCGCAAAUAUUUUUCUUUGUUAUUUAAAAAACAUUCAUGUAAAUUACAUUUUAUACUUCGUGUGAAAUAUUUGUAUACAGAUGCACCAGAACUAUUUAUUUGGGUUGAUAAAAAUAUCAACUAA